AUGAAUGCACAGAAGGCACGCGUUGCAUGUAUGUCAAAUAAGUUUAAAAACAUAAGAGAAAUAGGUGAAGAUACAUAUCAAGUGAUGCUUAAAGAUAGAUUUUAUAGAUGUGAUACAUGUUUACAAGAGGCAUUCUUCACUUUAGAUAAUGCUAAAUACUGGUAUUUGGUUUUCAUUUAUGAUUUUAUGUAUAAAUGCAUGGAUGUUAAUCGUUUUCAUUUCAUUGAAGGUGAUACUGAUUCAUCUUAUUGGGCAAUCGCUGGCGACCCAAAUCUUCCUAACACUCAAGCAUUUCAAGCAAUUGUUACCGAUAAACAAUUUUAUGAUAAAAACAUUUUCAAAUUCGCACCAUUUGAUUUCUUCUGUUUUGAUGAGAAAUUUAAACCUAAAUUAAAGAAUAAAGCUGAAGAAAAAGCACAUGAGAAAAAGUUAUUGGGUUUAGCAAUUGAGAAACAAGGUGAUAACAUGGUUGCUUUAUGUCCUAAGUGUUAUACAUCAUUCAACGGUUCAAUUGAUGGAAGUGAUUUUAAAAAGAUUGCACAAAAAAUGAAAGGUGUUAGUUUACGACAAAAUAAGCAAUUAACACCUAAAAAAUAUUUGGAUAUAAUAAAUGAUAAAGUGAUAUUUGAUGGUCAGAAUAUUAAUUUACAACUUAAAAACGGGUCAAUGACUCGCUUAACAAUCGGUAAGACUGCAUUAACAGGAGCACACACUAAGGCUGUAUGUUGUGAAAAUGGAUGUUGUAUGCCAUUUAUUUAA